GCGCCUGCGCAGUGUGAGGAGUCCUUCACACUCGGCCUGCUGUAGGUGACUGAUCGGGGCAGCAACACUAACAACAUGCAGAGCUGGACUCAGUUGUACCGCUCUCUGGCCACGCGGAGCCACCAACUUCCCUGCAAACUAAAUGGAGCUACAGCUCUAUCUGUCAGAACCUAUGCUGACAAAGCAGCAAUUGAUGCAGAUGUCACAGUGGUAGGCUCCGGUCCAGGCGGCUACGUUGCUGCCAUCAAAGCUGCCCAGCUCGGCUUCAAAACAGUGUGUGUGGAGAAGAAUCCCACGCUGGGUGGGACCUGUCUGAAUGUCGGCUGCAUCCCCUCAAAGGCUCUGCUUAACAACUCACACCUGUACCACUUGGCUCAUGGCAAGGACUUUGAAAGCAGAGGCAUCGAAAUUACAGGCCUCUCAUUGAACCUGGAGAAGAUGAUGGCUCAGAAGAGCGGGGCGGUCAAAGCCCUGACCGGUGGAAUCGCACAUCUUUUCAAACAGAACAAAGUGACCCAUGUAAAUGGUUAUGGGAGGGUGACGGGUAAGAACCAGGUGACGGCCACAGCAGAAGACGGCAGCGAGCAAGUCAUCAACACCAAGAACAUCCUCAUCGCCACUGGCUCAGAGGUCACGCCCUUCCCUGGGAUCCAGAUUGAUGAGGAGGUCGUUGUGUCAUCAACAGGAGCUUUGUCCCUGAAGAAAGUGCCCGAGGAGCUGAUUGUGAUUGGAGCUGGAGUCAUUGGAGUGGAGCUGGGUUCAGUGUGGCAGCGUCUGGGCUCGAAGGUCACAGCGGUAGAGUUCCUUGGACAUGUCGGCGGCAUGGGCAUUGACAUGGAGAUCUCCAAGAACUUCCAGCGUAUUCUACAGAAGCAGGGCCUCAAGUUCAAGCUCGGCACCAAAGUCAUGGGAGCCACCAAAAGGCCCGAUGGGAAGAUCGAUGUGGCAGUGGAGGCGGCAGCCGGGGGGAAGAAUGAGACGCUGACAUGUGACGUGCUGCUGGUCUGCGUCGGAAGACGACCUUUCACACUGAACCUCGGUCUGGAUUCUGUUGGCCUCGAGGUGGACAACAGGGGGCGCAUCCCCGUCAACAACCGCUUCCAGACCAAAGUACCCAGUAUUUAUGCAAUUGGUGAUGUGAUCGCCGGGCCAAUGUUGGCCCACAAGGCUGAAGACGAGGGCGUCAUCUGUGUUGAGGGCAUCGCCGGCGGCGCAGUGCACAUCGACUACAACUGUGUCCCCUCUGUGAUCUACACACACCCUGAGGUGGCCUGGGUGGGCAAGACGGAGGAGCAGCUCAAAGAGGAGGGUAUUCCAUACAGAGUUGGCAAGUUCCCCUUCGCAGCCAACAGUCGAGCCAAAACCAUCGGGGACACUGAUGGCCUGGUGAAGAUCCUCAGCCACAAGGAGACGGACAGGAUGAUGGGAGCGCACAUCGUCGGACCUGGAGCCGGAGAGAUUGUCAAUGAAGCGGCUUUGGCCAUGGAGUACGGAGCUUCCUGUGAGGACGUUGCCAGAGUCUGCCACGCCCAUCCCACGGUGUCGGAGGCCUUCAGAGAAGCGAACUUGGCCGCUUCCUUCGGCAAAGCCAUCAACUUCUAAUCCGCCGGCCUGACGUCUACAAAACUUCAGUGUACAUAACAGAGGAGAGACUGAGUCCAAACCUUCAUCCAACCCACCACCAUCCUCUGUGUUCAGCAACACUGUACCACAUUUAGUUCUUAUGUUAUUUAAAUGUUCUCAGUAAAAAAUAAAGAGGGCUUGGGCAGUAAAUGCAAAUGUUUUACAAAUGCAUCAUUUUAAAGAGAGUAUUAUCCAGCCAUUUAAGGGAUAAAGAUAUACAUAAACUAUGGAGGUGGGGUGGCUGUGGGUUCUCUUGUGAAGGAAGAGUGGGAUGUUUAUAUUUUUUCUUUUUUGCAGUAUAAAACACAAUACAAACACGAAAGCAUCAGGACAGGAAACUGAAGCCGCUCAAGAACCACAGAUUCAAGUUGGCACAGUCACACGCAUGCAAAUGCAAAACCAAUAUCGCAGGUCAAAGUUUACCAAAGUUGAACUCCACGUGAAGCAAAUGUUUUAUACAACCCCUCACUUGCACUGAUUUCAGGUGAAGAUGAUGUGAAGGUUUGCCACGGAUGCAUUCGCAUAUGUGUGCCUGUGUCCUUAAAGGUGAAGUCCAGUUUGGUCCCUGCAGAGCAGAAUAACAGCAGAUAUCUGUGUAGCUGAGCGGACGAGAGCUUUCCAUGUCAAUAUAAAUUCACUUUGGUAAAGGAGCUGGUCAUAGUUGCUGGGAAACCUGUUCUUGCUUAUCUGCCCAUUACAACCAAUAAAUGCAAUAUCCAUGAAAUAAAAUACAGCGUUUAACA